AUGGCCAACGCAGUUACUCUUGCUGCUUUCUUGCAGAACGGCCCUCCACACGUGCGCAUCAACGCCCCGCCCAAUCCUGGUCCAAAUACGACAAAUACUGCCUACAGCUGGGAAGAUAUUCACUCUCUAAAUGCCUGGCCAGAGUUUACUCUGCAGCAUAUUAUGAAUCGCUAUCACCAGCUGCUCGAUAAUACCUCUCUUCCGAGUGAGUCAAUUACUUCGCUGGGUCUGAUUAUCAGAAACCAACAUCAAGGCCUUCAAGGGCUUAUGAGAGUAUCCUACGAUGAAGGUGAAGGUGCCAGGAUCAUGGACAACUACAAGCCCGAUGCAGCAUUCUUUGACGAGAUGAUCCCGGCUACAACGAGUUGGAAUCGCGCACCUGGCGAGGUAAAGUCAUCAUGGAAAUGGACUAGCAAUUUGCGAAACAGCCUCCUGCCAGCAGGUUGUCGAGAAUGUCGCCAGGUUCUCUCGCAGCUCAAUUUUUAUAUGAAGCAACAUCAUGCCCGGUAUGGCUAUAUCAUUACAGACCUGGAGUUAGUCCCCGUAAGGCGCCGAGACGAUGUCGGCAAUCUUGAUCUUGCUCAACCGAUUCCGUGGAACGCACGGGGAAACCCCGGAAACGAGCAGCUAACGGUCAUGCUCGCACUUUGGUACCUGGGCAUGCUGGCUGCGUAG